GGCUGGACGUUAACUUGUUAGAAGAGGGAAAGCUGGCAACUUAAUUUUAUUCUUAAAACAAGGGGUGGGGCGGGGAAAGACGAAGUUUAUAUUCCUCUAUAUGCACAAUUAUGCAAGACAACAGCUCCACAGGCUCCCUGGCUGGGCUGAACGCGUGCGGAGGAGAGCUGGAUGAGAUCUCGGAGCUUGGAGCCUCCAGCCUGCCAGGGUUCAACCUGUCUCUCAACUGCUGGCUGCACAUCCUCUCCAAAGAGUCCACAGCAGAUCUGCACGGAGACAGCGCCAACCUGGCAGUGCGAGUCCUCAUUGCGCUGGUGUAUUUGGUGGUGUGUGUCCUGGGGCUGGUGGGUAACCUCCUGGCUCUCUUCCUGCUUCACUCCCGCCGUCAAAGCCACCACCACUCCUCCAUCGACUGCUUUGUGAUGAGCCUGGCUAUCACAGAUCUCCAGUUCGUCCUCACCUUGCCCUUCUGGGCCGUGGACACGGUGCUGGACUUCCGAUGGCCCUUCGGCCAGGUCAUGUGCAAGAUCGUGAGCUCGGUCACUACCAUGAACAUGUACGCCAGCGUGUUCUUCCUCACUGCUAUGAGCGUGGCUCGUUACCGCUCCUUGAUCAGCUCCCUGAAGAUGGACAGGCCCAGACUCGCCAUCACUCAGGUCAAGUGGGCGAGCUCGGCCAUUUGGGUGGUGUCAUUAGUAGCCACGCUGCCUCAUGCUUUCUACUCCACAACAGUCCAGGUGUCUGCAGAUGAUGAGCUGUGCUUGGUUCGAUUUUCUGACUCCGAUUCGGGCCACUGGGAUCCCCAAGUCUUGCUUGGACUCUACCAAACACAGAAGGUUCUUCUGGGAUUUGUAGUUCCUCUGAUUAUCAUCUCUGUGUGCUACCUCCUCCUGCUAAGGUUCAUCUUGAGCCGGCGCGUUGUAAGCAGUGUGGCGGGCAACGGCAUGGAGAAGACGGAGUAUGAGAUAGGACGCGAACGCCGUCGCUCAAAAGUAACCCGCUCCAUCACCAUCGUAGUUCUAUCCUUCUUCCUCUGCUGGCUGCCCAACCAGGCUCUCACCCUGUGGGGGGUGUUGAUCAAGUUUGACUUGGUACCCUUCAGUAAAGCCUUCUACAACACCCAGGCCUACGCCUUCCCCCUCACCGUGUGUCUGGCCCACACCAACAGCUGUCUCAACCCGGUGCUCUACUGCCUGAUCCGGAGAGAGUACCGGGCUGGACUGAAGGAGCUCCUGCUCAGAGUUUCCCAUGGCGUCCGAAGUGUUCUCUCUCUGGCUCUGAGAGGAAAACGAGUGGAGGAAGCACCACCCGACCUGGCGAUGACGCGCAAAGACAUCAAUAUGUGA